AUGUACGCCAAGUUGAUCAUCGCUCUUUGCGCUUUGGGUGUUGCCCAUGGUAGUGGCCUUCUGGCGUCUGCGCCUAUAGCGUACAGCAGCCAGGUGCUCGCCGCUCCAGCGGUCAUCUCCAAGACCGUCUCUCCUGCUAUCUCCUCUGUAUCUUCUUACUCCACCCAAACCGCUCACUCUGGACCCGUCACCACCUACGCUGCCGCCCCAGCCAUCGCCAGCUAUGCUGCCCCAGCUGUCGCUAGCUAUGCUGCCCCAGCCAUCGCUAGCUAUGCUGCCCCAGCCAUCGCCAGCUACGCCGCCCCCGCCGUCGUGAGCAAGACCGUUGUACCUGCCAGCUCAUCCGUCUCAUCUUACUCCAGCAGCGUGUCUCAUGGAUCUCCCGUCGCUACUUAUGCUGCUGCCCCAGCAGUCGUAGCCGCCGCCCCAGCUGUAUCCGUAGCCGCCCCAGCCGUAGCAGUAUCCCGCACUAUCUCCCCCGCCGUGACUUCUUACUCUUCUUACUCGAGCCAGGUCGCUCACGGAGCUAAAACUAUUGCUGCCCCAGCCGUAGCCACUUACGCCGCUGCCCCCGCAGUCGCCUCGUACGCUGCCCCAGCAAUCACCUCUUAUGCCGCUCCCGCGUACGCCUCUUACGCUGCCCCAGCGUUCGCCUCUUACGCCAAAUCUUACGGUAUUCCCGCGGUCACUUCUUACUCUAAGAUCUACUCCGCUCCAGCCAUUUCUUCAUACUCUGGAUUGUACUCCGCUCCUGCCUACUCUUCAUAUGCCGCGCCCGCCUACACCAGCUACGCCGCAGCCGCCCCCAUCCUCAAGUCAGCUGUAUCCUACUCUGCUGCCCCCGCUCUUGCGUACAACACUCACGCCUGG